CUGUAGCACCAAAUUCUUCUUAUUGACCUUCAUCGAAAUUAUCGAAAAAAUCCAUUGAGGUGGUCGAGUUGCACGUGCAGUUGGAUUUAUGUCAAGCUACGUUGAUCUUUCUACAGUUUUAGAUACAGUGAUACUGGAAAUUGUUGAAUAGAAAUGGGGAAUAGUCCUAGCUGCCCUCGUCUACUGGGAAAUGGAAACUAUUCUUCUUACGAUAUUAAACUGGGCAAAGCGGCAACCAUUAGCGUCACAAAAGACGAAGGUUCUUUCGGCCCACGUUGGGAACUCGUGUACGACGUGGACGGAAUGACUUCUACACUUUCCAUAUCAAGAACCACCAACAAAAAAUCAGGUGAUGAUUGGUUAGGGAUCCGUGUCAUGGAUUGUAGUUCCGUAAAAACGGAGAAGGUUCGAAUUCGUCCUCAUCCAUGGGAAGAUAUUACGGUAGCAGUAAAUAAAGAAAAAAAAACUUGUCUUCUUUACCCAAGAUUGUAUAACAGCUGGCCGAAUGAAGCAGAAUAUGGUGAAUCAUUGAAUGGCGGGGUAAAAACUCAGAGUAGGGUAUAUGCGUAUGGAACCAGGAAAGGUCUUUUGGUUAUGGAGAGCAAGAAGAAAAGCAACGAAAAACAACCCUACAUGGUUACCGUAGCCCAUUAUUACGUGAAUAGGGAUAGUGGUGGAAGUGGUGUAGACAUAGGUUUUUCAGUUGUGGUGAAGAUUGGAGUGGUUAAUGGGCAAUUAGAUUUUAUGGUAGAUGGCCCUGUGGAACACCCUACUUCCGCAUUAGUUUACAUGAUUGAAGAAGUGGUUCGAACUGGGAAGUGGAAGCCUUCUGCAUGCCCUCAUUGCAACAAUAUCCAAUCGCAGCGUAGACUGCUGCUAUCUGAGAGUGAAGACAGCGACAGCCCUCUUCUACCACCACGACGCUAUGCAGGCCCACAAAACACAGCAAAUAUGGGACGCUUCGAUGGGGAUGCUAACGGUAGUAUAAUUCAAGCAAAUAAAAUUAACUUCUUUAAAUGGUGGGAAUGACUUAUAGUUGCCAAACUCAAUCUUCGUUCAUUGCAACAACUCUUCUUUUCUAAUAGCAGAUACAGUUCUCUGUGCUUCUUUGCUCGCUAAAACCAUCAAUGGAAUGUGCAUAAUCAUAGUUUUCACCUUCUUUUCUCGGAUACUGAGUUCAGUUUAAGGAAGAGUUGGCAUACUAAAUUCUUGAUAAAAGGUUUGUAGAUAGUUUCGCCAGUGCUAGACCGUCUGAUAUUGGUAUGCAGCACACCGACUCACAAGAUCAUCUAGUCUCUUAGUGUCUACUAAAUUAUGGACUGUUUGGUUAGAACGUUAACCGGAACCAUCUAAUGGCUAUAAAGUGAAGCACGAUUCAUGUAUCCUUUUCAUUACUCUAGGUGUGUUCCAAGUGUGUAAGUUUUAAUUGUGUUUUGAUCAAUAAAUAGGACCUUGUAUCUUCAUUCAAUAAGCUAACUCAGUUGUAACAUUUGAGUUGUACUGAGUUAGAUUGUUAAAGAAAGAAGCUCAUGGAUUGUAAUUCUUGUGUUACAAUUCUUGUGUUUAGUAUUUAAAUCGAAAUAUUAAAG